AUGUAUUACUUUCCACGGGAUUCACCAAAUCCCGCACAGGACACCCACAAUCCCGCUCACGACCUGGCUAUCCAGUAUAAAGGCGACUACGCGAUGCUCCUCCGCCCGUUUGCAGCAGCACUGCGUCGUCCGCUGUCGUCGUCGCGAGUGUUCCGCUCGUUCCGCUCUCUCGACGGUUCGCCGUUGACCCCAAGUGUUAUUACUACUGCAGCAGCUGCUGCUUCUGCUGCUUCUUAUCCUGAAUGCAGUCAUCAAUUGACCGUUUUAGAGCACGCGAUUCGCCAGCGCCGUCCGUCACUAGCGCUCUACCAUCUGGAACAGCUGCAGUCGCCUCCGAGCUAUCAAUUGCUGCAGAAAGUGGCUGUGCUGCUGGCUCGACAGCGGAGGAAUCCAAGUCACGCGUUACGUGCCUUUGAGCUCCUGUGUGGAGUCUAUCGUACUAUCGGUGUAAAGCCUGAUGACGAUACGAAUCUAGCGUCCAUUUACGUCAUGGACGCGUGCGUACACUUCCAGAUGCUGGAUGCCGCUAUUGAGCUGUAUGAUGAGACCGUGAAUCAGGGCGUUAUGUUGGACUUGCCGGCUUAUAACGGUCUGCUUACGGCGCUGAUCGAGGCAGAGAGACUGGAAGAAGCUAUGGAGAUUCUGAAGGAACUUGUCAAUGGGAGAGGUGUGUGUCCAAACGAGCAGACGCUUUUGCCGGUACUAGUGGAACUGAUCAAGAAUCGCGAGUACGAAAGUGCGAUGGAGAUCAUGAAGAAAGCACAGAAUCGCGGGGUUGAGUUCAGUAGUGACACGUUCCAUCCAUUGCUAUCGCUGACGGAAAAGGAUACGGCGUCAACGGACGCACUUGUCAAGUUUCUGACAUUUAUUGAGGAUGUGUGGGAUGAGUACAAGGCUUUUGUUGACUAUGACUCUGAAGAAGACGACGACGUGGGCAAUUCGUAA